AUGACUGUAUCUUGCCGUGGUUAUGCCGACCUCCUGUCCCGCGGUGGACCAAACUGCCGCACUUUUCAAGGGGUCGCGCGGCAUCUUGGCUUGGUGCAAGACGAACAGGAGUACCACUACGCACUGCGCGAGGCCGCCACUUUCAUGACUGGCCCGAGACUUCGUUCUUUCUUUGUGAUCCUCUGCAACAUGGGGGCUCCUGCAGCUCUCCUGUGGGAUGCUUUCCGUGAUUCCAUCUGCGAGGACCACAUAGAGCGUAAUCCUCUCGAUGUUGAACUGGCCUACAAGCUAGGUCUCAUCGAUAUUGAUCGGAGUCUUCGUCGGCAGGGUUCUUGCGUCGCAGAUCAUGGCCUCCCCGAUGUACACGAUGACACGACGGAGUUGGGCAGAGAACUGCUCUUACAUGGUGAAAAUCAACAGAGAGUGUUUGUGGAGGAGUGGGUGCCAAAGCUCUCUGAAGAUCAAAACCGCGUAUUUGAGUACGUUACCUCCGUUCUCAAUGCCCCUGCCAGCGGAACGUCGUCGAAAAUCAUUUUUCUUGACGGCCCGGGAGGCUAUGGGAAGACCACUCUGAUUCGUGUCAUUCUCGCAUACGUGAGAGGUUGUCGUCAGGUUGCACUGGCAGUCGCUAGCUCUGGGAUCGCCGCGGGUAACAUGCCUGGUGGAACUACAGCUCACAGCAUGUUCCGGUUGCCACUCGACUUCGGUGACGGCACCGGCUUUUGGAACAUCACCAACGGCUCCCAGCGAGCAGAGCUCAUCAGGGCCGCAAGGCUCAUUGUCUUUGAUGAGGCCCCGAUGGCACAUCGGUUCGUUUUCGAGGUUCUUGACAGAUCCCUGCGAGACCUCAUGCGUUCCAGUGAGCUAUUCGGUGGUAAAAUAUUCCUCUGUUGUGGCGACUUUCGCCAGAUCGCGCCUGUCGUUGUAAACGCUCGUACUCCAACUGACAUUGUUUGUGUCUCACUUCGGGCUUCCCAUCUGUGGCAGCAUUUCAAAAUUUUUGCCCUGACAACAGCUCAUCGGACUAGUAGUUCCACAGCCUAUUCCGAAUUCCUUCUUAGGGUAGGCAACGGAACUGUCAGUUCGACCACUUUCUUGGAGGGACGGAACGAACAAAGUCUAAUUCCGCUGCUCGGGAUUAGACAAGUGACGUCUUUGACUGAUUUGGUCGAUUCCGUCUUUCCCGCAAACGUCCUACUCGACUCUGAUAUGUGUUCGCGACGCGCAAUCCUCUCGACUCUGAUAGUGAACGUCAAGGAGAUCAACGACCACAUCUUGAACUCCCUCGACGGUCAUCUGUACGAGCUGAGGAGCGCCGACACAGUCGACAGAGAAAACGACGAUGGCCUGGAUGUCGACGUUCAACUCCUGAACACGGCUACUGGCAAGGGCGUACCAGACCAUGUUCUGCGGCUGAAGAUCGGUUCUGUUUGCCUCAUUAUGAGGAACCUCAACAUCGCUGAAGGACUCGUCAACGGCACUAAAGUCAUCGUAAUCGGCAUCACCAACCGCCUGAUUACAGUGAGACUUCCCGGACAGACGCAACCUAUCGGAAUUCCCCGGAUUACCUUUACUUUUGCGUUUGUCGAGGGUUCGCCGUUACGUGUUCGUCGACGUCAGUUCCCACUGAUGUUGGCCUAUUGCAUGACCGGACACAAGAGCCAAGGUCAGACAAUAGAUUCAGUCGGUGUUGAUUUACGGACCGAUUGCUUCACGCACGGGCAACUAUACGUCUUGCUCAGUAGGGUCAGACAUCCAGACCAUAUUGUUGUUCUCGUACACCCCGAACGUGUCCGAGAUGGAAUCGCAUACGCAAAGAACAUCGUGUAUGGCGAUCUCCUUCUCUAA